AUGAUUUCCUGCUAUCUUAAAGACAACCACAACAGAUGGGAUGAAAACAUUGCAGCAAUUGGUUGUGCUAUCCGUACUUCAAAGAGUGAGACAACAGGUUUUACUCCAUAUUUUCUGAACUUCGGUCGAGAAUAUGUCGGGGAUGGAAAUGAAUAUCAAUUGCUAUUAGAAGGUCAGAGCAUCGGUAAAGAUAUUGAAGUGGAAAUGACAAGAAGAAAAGUGGGUUACCAGAAGAUGUUCGAAAAGGUGAAGAACCGGAUUUUCUCUGCUCAAGACAGGAAUAGGAAGGUUUACAACUUACGUAGAAGACCGGUACAUUUUAAAGUUGGAGAUCAAGUGUGGCGGAAAAAUAAAAUCUUAUCUGAUGCAUCUAAGAAUAUUAAUGCCAAAUUAAGUCCAAAAUUUGUAGGUCCUUUUACCGUAAACCAGAAAAUUGAGAAUUGGACGUAUGAACUUAUAGAUGGUUCUGGGAAAUCCACCGGAAUUUGGCAUGUACAGGAACUUAAGCCUAUUGUCGAUCCUACCGAUGAAUAA